AUGCAGGAGUGGCUACUGCCUUUGCUGCUAGGGACAUCCUUGGAAAUUUGUUCAGUGGUUUGUCAAUGCAGUUCUCUAAACCAUUUUCAGUGGGAGAUACAAUAAAAGCUGGAUCUGUAGAAGGUCAAGUGGUGGAAAUGGGCCUUAUCACCACAAGGUUACUGAAUGCUGAGAAAUUUCCAGUUUUGGUUCCAAACUCACUCUUCUCCAGUCAGGUCAUUGUGAACAAGUCGCGUGCUCAAUGGCGUGCAAUGGUCACUAAAAUUCCCAUUCAUACUGAAGAUCUGGACAUCAUUCCCCAGAUAUCAAAUGAUAUUAAGUUCAUGCUGGGAUCAAACCCAAAAGUUUUCUUGGAAAAGGAGGCUCCUUACUGUUUCCUGUCUCGUAUAGAAAGCUCUUACGCAGAGUUGACUAUUGGCUACAACCUGAGACAUAUGAGCAAAGAUGCGUUAUACUCCACACAGCAAGAUCUUCUUCUGCAAUCUGUUCAGAUUAUAAAAAACCACGGUGCUAAAUUGGGCUACACGUUCCAAGAUAGAAACAAUGAGUGAUGCACAUCUCAUCUCACAUUGGGAUACAAAAUUCCAAAAUGUGACCGGUAAGUCACGUGGCAGAAAGAAUGGAAUCCUUUGAACGAAGGUUGAUCUGUCUCUCUCUUCCUUGUUAUAGUAUUCCUUGAAAACCAAUAUACAUCAAACAUAAUCCCAAAAACAGCCUGUGGAUCAGAAAAGACUAGGUUUGUCUGCUUUUCUCUUGAUAAGAGGUGUCUAUUUACAUGAAUUUUGAAGAAAUGGGCAAUCCGGUGAAGGAACCAGCCAAGCUGAUUGAAUACUCUGAAACUGUUACUUGCAGUUUGAACGAGGCUUCUCCUCAUCUUAUUUUUGCCCCCUUCUCCUGUAACUUUCAUACUGUUUCCUUUUAUAAUACGGAAGUGCAUGGGCAAGGUGAU